AUGCGUGGUUUUCUCGAAAGCAAUGAAGAUAGCGAGGGUUCAAAUGUCAUUGAGGUUGUUAUUCCAAUGAGGGAAUUUCACAUUCCUCAGCCGUUAAUGGAUAUCAUCGUGAGUAAGGUUGGUGAAGAUGGUGUUGAUGCGUUGAAGAACUUGUUGCUCGCUGGGAGAGAGGGGAAGGAUGCUGUCUGCCACAAUAAACGUUGCGGGGGUUUGAUGAACCUGUAUGACAUGAAUGUGUGCGUGGUACAGCCACCUUUUCAGCCCGGAAGGGUCGGGAGGCCAAAGUGCCCUAGGUGCAAGAGAGUUGGGCACAGAUUCAACAGGUGUGUCGAUUAAGUUAUGGAGGAUGUAAGCGGGAUGUUGGUGUAGAGUUCAUGAAAGUAUGAGCAAUGUUUUUUGAUAAGUUAUUUGGUGAUAAUCCUAGAUGUAAGCGGGAUGUUAUUUUUGGUUAUCUAAUACCUUUAAGUUGCAGGGGAAUGUAUAACAUUUAAGAACUUUC